GGCUUUCUUCGCAUAUGUUUUCUUUUUUCACUUUGUCCGGUAGGCCAAACGUAAAGCAGAUGUUUGUGAUGAAGUGAAGCAAGCUCUCUCUGCCAGGAAGGGGAUUAAAGAAAACCAAACAUGACGUCUCUCUCCAAAUGAUGUUUUGUUUCAGGUGACAGGGAGGGACUUCGUCCACACACCUUCGGACAGCUCAGCGUACUUCCUCCAUCAACCGCUGUGAUAUAUAAACCGAGCGCGUCGAACUGCAGUCGAAGUCCUCCUAUAGUUUGCAAGGAGCUAUUUGCAAGUCUAGGCUACUGCUGGAAGGAUAUCGCUGUCUCUCUCUCUCUCUCUCUCUUAUCCACUAUUCUAACUAAAACGUUGGAAGAGUGUCGCCUGGCAACGCAGGCACAAGAUACCGCCGCAAAGUAGAAGAUUAAAUCAAGACCAGGGAUAGCCUACAUCCCGUCACAUAUUUUUAAAGAAGCAAACAUGAAUUCUCCGCACUUUGCCAUAGACUUUCUGCUGUUGUGCAUAUCUUUCGGAGCAAGUGUAUUGGCAGCCAACUCUCCCAGCGUAUCCUCGACGUUGCCAGCCACCAAUUUCACCGAUCUUGGCGCAGCGUUCAACUAUAGAGAAGCAGGCAGCGAAAAUAUUCCCCUGACCAGGAGGAAGCGUUAUAUUUCCCAAAACGACAUGCUUGCCAUUCUUGAUUACCACAAUAAAGUAAGAGGGAAGGUUUUCCCUCCGGCGUCCAAUAUGGAGUACAUGAUGUGGGACGAGACCCUGUCUAAGUCAGCUGAGGACUGGGCCCACGCGUGUCUGUGGGAGCAUGGACCUCGACACCUCCUCAGGUUCCUGGGCCAGAACCUCUCUGUCAGGACUGGACGCUACCGCUCUAUUCUCCAGUUGGUGAAGCCCUGGCAUGAUGAAGUGAAGGACUAUGUGUUCCCCUACCCCCAGGACUGCAACCCCAGGUGCCCUCUCAAAUGCUACGGACCCAUGUGUACACAUUAUACCCAGAUGGUUUGGGCCACAACAAACAAAGUUGGCUGUGCUGUACAUACGUGUCACAAUAUGAACGUGUGGGGGAACGUGUGGAAACGGACAACAUACUUAGUGUGCAACUAUUCAUCCAAGGGGAACUGGAUCGGAGAGGCACCCUAUAAAGUAGGCGUCCCGUGCUCCGCCUGUCCCCCGAGCUACGGAGGCUCCUGUUCCAACAACAUGUGCUUCCCAGCCCUCAACACAAACUAUCUGCAGUGGUUCAAAUAGAGUCCCUGUCCAGCCCGCGUCCCAAAUCACAGCCUCUAUGUAGCCCAAUGGGCCCUGGUCAAAUGUAGUACACUACAUAGGGAAUAGGGUUCCAUUUGGGACGGAGACUAACACCAAGCUAACGUCACGACCCCCGACCCCAACACAGAGACUUUCCCCCCUGAAGGAUUUGUACAACAGUCCUGAAAAAAAAUGCUAAUUUUUGUACAUAUGGGCUUAUUUACGUUGGAAGGCAGCACAUUUUUUUUAAAUAAUUAUGUGUACAUAGAAUGUAUAUUAAUGUUGUUUUAUUUGUUACUAGAACUUGUGUUUUUUGUACGAUUAUCCUAUGAUGAAUUGGAUUGAUUGAUAGGAAGAUAAUUUAUCUUGUGAACGAUGUUUAAUUACAGAUAUGGUGCAGAUACCGUUUCAGUAUUACAGUAUUAUGGUUCGCCAUUGGCCAUGUACCCGUAGGAAGUGGAUACUCAUGGACACACCACCUCACAAUGGUCCAAUAGAAACAACUGGAGACACCUUGUCAUUUUUUGGAGAAAGGUUAUUGACACGGCAGCGCUAGCAAAAAAAAAGUGAUCGCUAACUAACUGUAAACAAUUCUAGCUUGCUAGCUAAUUAUCUUCGCUAACUGUGGAGCAAAACAAUUCACUUAUUUACCAUUAAUUAGCUACCGUAAAUAUAUUUGCUAGCAAAUGCUACGCUGUCUCCUAAUCUGCAAGGUGUCUCCAGUGAUGUUUACUUUUUGCCGUUUUAUGACAACACCACUUCGUAGUAUGUAUUUCAGAUGCUUUUUGAAGUCUGAUGGAAAGACAAAGUAACACAGUGCUAGCUGCUAAUCUCAAAUCAAUCAAAUGGUGCUAAACACACAGCACUAUACAGCUCUCAAUGGUGCUAAACACACAGAGGACUAUACAGCUCUCAAUGGUGCUAAACACACAGCACUAUACAGCUCUCAAUGGUGCUAAACACACAGAGGACUAUACAGCUCUCAAUGGUGCUAAACACACAGCACUAUACAGUCCUCAAUGGUGCUAAACACACAGCACUAUACAGCUCUCAAUGGUGCUAAACACACAGAGGACUAUAUAGCUCUCAAUGGUGCUAAACACACAGAGGACUAUACAGUCCUCAAUGGUGCUAAACACACAGAGCACUAUACAUUCUACACAUCGUUCUCUAUCAUUUUUAAACAGUAGGUUCAGUGAAAUGUGUAUAACCACGACAGAUUAAAGCAUCCAGGUGUGUUCUUACGACUGUGUUUGGGCGUAUAGCAUGAUUCUGUUGGCAUACUGUGUUCACUAGACAUCUUCAUGUGCCUUAACAAGUGGUUCUUCUAUCAGAGCAUUACCAGCUGUAUGUGUAUAGAUAAACCCUCACACUCUGACUAAUCAUAUCCUUAUACUACAUUCAUACUGAAAGUUUUUCCUUUUUUUAUACGGCAUAAGUAUUUCAUUGAAGGAGUUUUUUUUGUAUUGUAAAAAUUAACUGUAAAUAAAUAUGUAAAGCGA